AUGGCGAUGGAAUCCAUCACCAACGAUCAUUCACCCACAGAGCCCGAAACUUAUAUCAAUCACUCUCCCGUCAACCAGAUGCAAGCUCCCAUGCAUCAAAAAUCGAUUCCUCUGAAGCGCACUCGACGAAGUGCUAGUGUUGACAGUGACUACGGCAUCCUGCAAAAGGAAGAAUCCAAUUGGCAUGUUAUCAACGCAGAUGACGUGCGCCAGAUUGCGUUAGAUGAACGUAUCGAUAAUGCUGAGAAACCCAUGGUAUUGUGCUCGGAAGAGUUCAUUGAGCGGGAACACACCGUCAAAUAUCUCAAUGUAAAUGAUAAGGAGCGAGCCCGUCGCAAGGCUUUCAAGUCACUCGAAGAGGCGCAAGGACAACUUCAGGAAGCGGAAUCAUUCAUGCGAUCCAUGGCUGUGAGAGUCAAUCAUCAGGGUGAUAAAUGCCCAAAGCCAUACUACGACGCCUACAGCGAGAGUAUCAGGAAUCUGGAAGGAGCUAGGAAGAGACACGACCGCGCGGAGAUGAACCUCAAAGCACUGGAGUAUGACGCAGAGAGUGGUCUCCAAAAGUACACAGAGACGCUUGAGAGAAUUGAGAUCUUGAAUGCGAACAUUGCCGAGAGCAAACGAGACAUUGCUAAAAAGAUAAAGGGGAAAAGAGCUCUCCACGCCAAGCUUGCUGUCCUGGAUAUCCUGGGUUGCCACAAACUCGACCUUGUCCCUACUGAGACGCUAGAAAUGUUUUGUUCUUCCACAAGUGAAGUUCUCAAGUCGGUCGAUGGGGCCAUGUCUGAGAUGUGA